CCAUUGAAGUAGGAAGGUUUGGAGUUGAGAAACAUAGUUUUAGAUCAGGUGCCAAAAAAAAAAAAAAUCCAAGGGAACAGAUGAAGAUCUUUUGUUGGGUUUGUUUAGCAUUUGUAAUUACUAAUGUUGGUGCCUUGUCUGAAGAGCCCCAGCUAAGCUCUGCUCGUGUUGUUUUCCAGACAAAUUAUGGAGACAUUGAAUUUGGAUUCUUUCCAAGUAUUGCACCCAAAACUGUUGAUCACAUUUUCAAGCUUGUGCGUCUUGGUUGCUAUAACACGAAUCACUUCUUCAGGGUUGAUAGGGGCUUUGUUGCCCAAGUGGCAGAUGUUGCAGGUGGAAGAUCAGCUCCCAUGAAUGAGGAGCAAAGAAAGGAAGCUGAAAAGACAAUUGUUGGUGAAUUUAGUGAUGUAAAACAUGUGAGAGGCAUUCUUUCUAUGGGGAGAUAUUCUGAUCCAGACAGUGCGCAAUCCUCAUUUUCAAUACUUCUUGGAGAUGCCCCUCAUCUUGAUGGGCAGUAUGCGAUAUUUGGUAAAGUCACUAAAGGUGACGAGACUUUGAGAAAGCUUGAGGAACUUCCUACACGUCGUGAGGGGAUCUUUGUAAUGCCUGUGGAGCGCAUCACAAUUCUGUCAUCCUACUAUUAUGGAUUUGGAUUCGAGAAAGAUGAUUGGCAAUGCUAAGAUGUGUGCAGGACUCUAUAUCCUAAAAACUAAUGAUUCUGAAAGACAAUAUCAAAAGAUCUCUUGUGUGGCUUCAUCCUUUAGUAAUAAUAAAGAUGGUACUAUCAUGUUGUGGCACUAUCGGUUAAGUCAUACAAAUUUUUUGUACCUCAAAAGAUUGUUCCUUCAUUAUUCAAUUAAAAUUCUAACAACUUUCAGUGUGAAGUCUGCCAAUUAUUCAGGCAUACUUGUAUCACAUAUCCUAAUCAGCCUUACAAACUAUCCCAUUCUUUUUCAAUGAUGCACAAUAACAUUUGGGGUCCUUCUAGAAUAAAUAACAUUAUUGACUUCAGAUGGUUUGUCACAUUUAUUGAUGAUUACACCAGGGUUACUUGGGUAUUCUUUAUGAAGGAAAAAUCAGAAGUGGGCUAGCUAUUUCAAAACUUCAACAAUAUAAUCGAAACUCAAUUCAAAACCAAAAUCUAAGUGUUGAGAACCGACAAUGAGAAAGAAUACUACAAUUCAAUUCUUGGAUCAUAUCUAAUGAAGCAAAGUAUAAUUCAUCAAAGCUCAUGUGUCGACACUUUUCAAUAGAAUGUCGUUGUUGAAAGAAAGAGUUGACAUUUGUUGGAAGUUGCAAGGUCCCUCAUGAUGGUUAUCCAUGUACCUAAGCAUUUUUGAGGUGAGGUUGUUCUUACUGCUACAAAUCUUAUAAACAGAAUGCCUUCUCGAGUCCUGAAAUUUCAAAGCCCUUGCCAAUCCCUUCUCAGUUCUUAUUCCCUCCUUCAAAUUAUCUUGUCUAUUCCCAUUAAAGUGUUUGAAUGCACUGCAUUUGUUCUUACCAGCCAAUAAAACCAAAGCAAAUUAGAUCUCAAAUCCAUCAAAUGUAUAUUUCUUGGAUAUUCUGUAAAUAAAAAAGGAUACAAGUGUUACUCGCUAGUAAAAAAAAAAUUCUACCAUUUCAUGAAUGUUACUUUUUUUUUAAAAUUAACUUUACUUUCCCAAAACUGUCAUUCAUGGGGAGAAUCCAAUCAUACGGGAAUAUUUGCUUUGGGAAUAUCCUAUUACUGAACCACCAAACACUUCUCAAACUCCCUUUCAUGUUCAAAACAUCCAACCAGAUCCUCCAACUCCCUUUUAAGUCCAAAACAUCCAACCAGAUCCUCAAAGCUUGAAAUGCACACAAGGGAAAACAAACAAAGAAUUGAUUAUCUAUUCAAGAAGAGAAAAAAACUCAAAAGGAUAUAGGAGAAUGUACACCUUCAAAGCAAAUCCAAGAAUUUGAACCUAUUCCAAAGAUACUUGAAACCAACACAGGUAAUACUCUUAUUGAAUCUGAUUCAAUUGAAUCUUUUGGUGAUCUUGAUCAAUUGAUUGCUUUGAGGAAAGGUGUGAGAUCAUGUACUCAACACCCAAUUUGUAAUGUGGUUUCUUAUGAAGGUUUAUCACUUAGUAAUUAGGCUUUUGUUACCACACUAAACAAUAUGUAGAUUUUCAAUAAUAUUCAUGAAGCAUUCAUGCAACCAAAAUGGAAGAUGGCUGCUUUGGAAGAAAUCAAGGCCUUAGAAAAGAGCAAAACAUGGGAGAUUUUAGAACUACCCAAAGGGAAAAUCUGGUUGGGUGCAAAUGGAUUUUUAUUGUCAAGCACAAUGCAGGUGGAAGUAUUAACAGAUUGAAAACUCGCCUUGUUGCAAAAGGAUUUACUCAAUCUUAUAUUGUUGAUUAUGAGGAGACAUUUGCUUCGGUUGCUAAACUUAAUUGUUAUUAUCAUUGGUAGCAAAUUUAGAUUGACCACUCUACCAACUAGAUGUCAAAAAUGCAUUUCUUAAUGGUGACCUAGAAGAAGAAGUUUACAUGAAAAUCCCUCAAGGAUUCAAAAACCAGGACAAUUCUGGCAAGGUAUGUAAGCUUCAAAAGUCUUUAUAUGGUUUCAAACAAUCCCCAUGUGCAUGGUUUGAUAGACUAACAAAAGUGGUAAAGAAGUAUGGUUUUUCACAAUGCUAAAUUGAUCACAUCAUGUUUUUCAGACAUUCACCUGAAGGAAAAAUAGCCAUUCUUAUAGUCUAUGUGGAUGACAUUAUUUUUACUAGAGACUAUGUGGAAGAAAUGAGCAACCUCAAGAACCUCCUAGCUAAAGAAUUUGAAAUCAAAGAUUUGGGACGCCUCAAAUAUUUUUUUGGCAUGGAGGUAGCUUGCUUAAGGAAUGGCAUCUCUAUUUCACGGCGUAAGUAUGUGCUAGACUUACUAAGAAACUGGAAUGCUUGGAUGCAAACCUGUUGACACCCCUAUGGACACAAUAAAUGAGGUAGGAAUGGAAGAAGGAAGUCCAGCAACAGAUAAGGGCAGAUAUUAAAGACUUGUUGGGAAACUCAUCUACCUCUCUCAUAUAAGACCUGAUAUCGGUUUUUAAGUUAGCAUGGUAAGUAGAUUCAUGAACAACCCAAGCGAAGAACACUUGAGGGUUGUGUAUUGAAUCUUACAGUACCUAAAGAAGAGUCCUAUCAAAAGGUUAUUUUUUAAGAAGACAUCACGCCGAAAUGUUGAAAUUUACAUUGAUGCUGAUUGGGCUGGAUUCGUUAUUGACCAAAGAUCAACUAUUGGUUAUUGUACUUAUGUGUGGAGAAAUUUGGUUACUUGGUGAAGUAAGAAGCAAUUUGUGGUGGCUAGAAGUAGCACGGAAGCUCUGUUUAGAGCUAUGUCUCAUGGCAUAUAUGAGGAAAUUUGGCUGAAAAGACUGUUAGGGGAGUUAAAGGUCUUUGUAGAAGAAUCCAUGAAGAUAUUUUGUGACAACAAAGCUACCAUAAGUAUAGUAAAGAAUCCUGUUCAUCAUGAUAGGACUAAACAUGUAGAGAUUGAUCAUCACUUCAUUAAAAAGAAGAUAGAGGAAGGAAUUGUUAAAUUAGUUUAUACUCCCACAUACCUCCAAAUUGCAGACAUAAUCACUAAGGCUCUCUCUCGGAACAACUUCGAGAAUUUGAAGUCUAAGUUCGGCAUGAUUGACAUCUACCACUAAGCUUGAGGGGAGUGUGGAAAUCUAAUCUUAAUUAUUACUUGAUUGGUUGACUUUAUCUAUUUUAGUUAAGUCUUUUUAGAAUAAGAAGUGAUUUGGGUAAUUAUAUCAAAUUCAUUAGAUAUUUUCCUAUUAUGUGUAGAGAGUAAAUUACUCCUUUGAUUAGCUAUUUUAAUGCAUGAAAAUCUUGGGUUUUAAGGUUAAGAAUAUUCAGUUUUUAGCCUAUAUAUUUUCAUACAAUUCUAGAAUUAUAAUAAAAAAAAAAUAAAAGAAUAAAAUAAUUUUAUUCUAGAGAUUUCUUCAGUUUUGAAGAAAUGGAGGAAGUAUAGCAAUAUGAUAAUUGCAAGAAAUAGAACAUGUUCUUGCUUUAUUAGAACAACAUUUUAAAAUGCUAAGGAACAAAAUUUUGGGUGAUUUGUGAUGAGUAAAGAGAUAAAUUCUGAUGACAUCAACAUGGUUCUGGGGAAGGAUGAGGCUGGAGAGAAAUUUGAAAAAGGUCUGAUAGUGUAGUGGAGUUUUAUGUUAGAAGUUGAAGCAAUCUAGAACUUCCUUGGACAAGGGCUAGGGCUCUGACUGAUAUAAUUGGAUGGUCUAAAGAAUGGUUUUACACCUCAUCUAUAUAGAAUUAAACACAAACACACGCACACACACACAUGCAUAAUACUUUUCCUUUUCAUCUUCUUACAAAAACUUUUACUCCAUUCAAAAAUUUGGAGAUACAUAUGAUGCAUUUUAAUAUUACAUUUCGUAUCUUGUUUUCAAAGUAGUAGUCCCUGGGAUCCAAGGAGCUAUGCCUAGGUGAAUCAUUAUCAUUAUAUAGUAACUAUGUUUACCUAGCUACAGCUAGAAAAAUCAUGACACAGGAAAUUGCUUAACCUAGUUGAUUCAAUGCAUGCGCAUCUAACAUGUGAAACAUUCAUUUUCAAACUUCUAACAUGUGAAAUGUUCAUUUUCAAACUUGACUAAGUGAUUUCUAAAGGUAAACUUUAAUACCUGGAUCAAACCAAUCAACUUGCAGGUUGUAAACACAUUUGAUAUACUUGCUUGGCAUGCAUUCUCAUCUUUGUCCUUUUAUUUGUUCCUCAACUGAACAAUUUAGUAUAUAUAACUCCAAGGUUCUGAUGACAUGUAGUGUUAGUAUAUGGUUUAGUAUGAGUAUAUAGGAAUGACAACCCAAUCGCUAUUUGUUGGGAUGUAAUGUUCUUACCCUAUCCUUUUGGGUACCUUACAGCUCAUUUAUGACUUCAGCUAAAUGCUAGGGGCAUGAAUGAUUUUUUCUCAUUUGUUUAUAUGUGUCAUAUUAUGCAUGUGUGUGGCUUUUUUUUUUGGAAGGGGGCAAGGUUGUACAAAGAGCGGCACUGCAUUUGCACAUAGAUGUGUCACACCUUCUUGAACGCAAAAUUUUAUGAUUCUCACCCAAUAAUAUAGGGUUGCAAUUCCUGAUCAGAAAUUUUAUAAAAGGGGUAGCUCAAUGCAUGAGGCUUCGGCAUUGUUGGAUCUGGGGUUUCCAGAUGUACUCAGCCUUACUUUUGGAGGAUGUUUUGCAACUUGAGCCUGUGACUUCUAGGUCUCAAUGCAGUAACCUUACUUUUGUACCAAAAGCUCACUCUCCUUGUCAAAAAUUGUGGCCUGUGUAAUAAUUUCUGAAGGUUAAUAGCAUCAUGCAUGUCUGCUUGCUGAGCUGGAAGUUAAAAUUAUUAUUAUUUAUAACUAAUCAAGAACUGUACCACAUGCCAAUGGAGAAUGUUGCUAACAAUUUAAUAUAG